AUGUUAACAAAAUUGAAACAGCAAAGCGGUAGUGAUAUAUAUGAUUCCAAUGAAAGCGACCAAGUUAGCAUCGCCGAAAACCUUGAACAUCAUUAUCAUCAAGAUGAAGAUGCUUUACUCAUUUGGCUUGAUAGUGGAAAUAAAACGGACGAAAAUAGUAGAAUCAAAUUAAAAUUGCAAACAAUUACGCAUAAUUUACAAGCAUUUUCUGAUGCAGAAACGUGUGAAGCUUACAUAAAUUCAAUUGAACUACAACCAAUAUUCUUAAUUGUUUCAAGUCAAUUAGAUGAGCAUAUCUUACCAUCCAUCCAUCCAUAA